UCUGGGAAUUUAUCCUGAGCAGCCCCUAACAGGCUAUUCCUUCUCUACAACUGAGAUAUGGUCAUCUUAAUUUACUUAUUUGUCUUGCUGUGGGAAGAGGCUCACGGAUGGGGAUUCAAGAAUGGAAUUUUUCAUAACUCCAUAUGGCUUGAACAAGCAGCAGGCGUGUACCACAGAGAAGCGCGGUCUGGCAAGUACAAGCUCACCUACGCAGAAGCGAAGGCGGUGUGUGAAUAUGAAGGUGGCCAUCUUGCCACCUACAAGCAGUUAGAGGCAGCCAGAAAAAUUGGAUUUCAUAUCUGUGCUGCUGGGUGGAUGGCCAAGGGCAGAGUUGGAUACCCCAUUGUGAAGCCGGGGCCCAACUGUGGAUUUGGAAAAACUGGUAUUAUUGAUUACGGAGUCCGUCUGAACAGAAGUGAAAGAUGGGAUGCUUAUUGCUACAACCCACAUGCAAAGGAGUGUGGUGGUGUCUUCACAGAUCCAAAGCAAAUUUUUAAAUCUCCAGGCUUCCCAAAUGAGUAUGAUGAUAACCAAAUCUGCUACUGGCACAUUAGACUCAAGUAUGGUCAGCGUAUUCACCUGAGUUUUUUGGACUUUGACCUUGAAGAUGACCCAGCUUGCUUGGCUGACUAUGUUGAAAUAUAUGACAGUUACGAUGAUGUCCAUGGCUUUGUGGGAAGAUACUGUGGAGAUGAGCUUCCAGAAGACAUCAUUAGUACAGGAAAUGUCAUGACCCUGAAGUUUCUAAGUGAUGCUUCAGUGACAGCAGGAGGUUUCCAAAUCAAAUAUGUUGCAGUGGAUCCUCUAUCCAAAUCCAGUCAAGGAAAGAAUACAAGUACUACUUCUCCUGGAAAUAAAAACUUUUUAGCUGGAAGAUUUAGCCAUUUAUAAAGCAAAGAAAGACAUUCCAUAUUUAUGUUUCUAUCUUUUGG